AUGCCGUCGGUCCUGAGCGAAGCCGACAAGGAGACCGUCAAGCGCUUCGUGCCCAAGGCAAACAACAAGAUCCAAGCCGUCGCCGUCGCCAAGCUCUACAUUGCCUUUCCCAACCGCCAAAAAUGGACGGACACCGGUCUGCAGGGCGCUGCCGUGCUCUGCAACGACCUCGUCGGCAACACAUUCUGGAUUAAGAUGGUGGACAUCUCCUCCGGAAACCGUGGUGUAAUCUGGGACCAGGAAAUCUACGACACGUGGAACUACAACCAGGACCGUGUCUUCUUCCACACCUUUGAGCUGGAGGACUGCCUCGCGGGGCUGUCUUUUGCCGAUGAGAAGGAGGCCAAGCAAUUCAAAAAGAAGAUGGACGACCGCGAGAAGAACGCCAGCAAGGCCACGCGUGCCAUGCCUUUCGGUGGCGCCGCUCCCGCAACGACAGGUGGUCACAAGCAUUCGCGACUCGGCGGCAUUUUCGGCGGCCACCGCCACUCAUCUGCACCAACACCACCCGAAUCUCCGCGGAGCUACGGACCGGGCCAAGGCUCUGGAUUCGGCCACGGCCGGUCAGGUAGUAUCAACAGCGGCCGCGGCCCGACGCCGCCGUCUGAGUUUGCGACUCUCGACGCCUUCGACCCCAACUGGCGCGAACACUUUGGCGACGACUUGCGGGCCAAGGGUCUCACCGACGAGUUCAUACGCGACAACCAGGACUUCAUCGUCGACUUCUUGCGACAACAGUCUGCACCGGCACCGGCAGCGCCAGCGCCAGCAGCAUCAGCGCCUCCUCCACAAGCGGCGGCCCCGCCGCCUCCGCCACCUCCGUCGGCUGCACCCUCUACUGCAGUUGCUGCAGCAACUGCUGCUGUUGCGGCGUCUAGUGGGCCAGGCAUGCGUGCACCACCACCGCCUCCUCCCGGAGGUGGUGUGAGUGGUGGUGCGGCAGCAGCCAAACGGGCAGGAGGCCAGCCGCCUCCACCACCUGCGCCUCGCCGGUAUGGUGCCAAAACUGACCCAACGCCCGCCGCGCCGCCACCGCCACCCGAACCCCCCCGUGAGCCGUCCCCGCCGCGGCCCAAAUACGCUGUGCCACCGGCCCUCGCCGAUGCCGGUAAGUUCGCGCAUUCGAGGAUGCCGCCGCAACAGCAGAGCCGUCCCGUGCCAACCACACCGGGCCCCCCGCCGCCACCGCGCCCUCCAAAAACGGCCAUCGACGACGACGACAACGGCAACGGUGGACGCCGGUUUGGUGUGCCUCCACCCUUCAAUGGCCAGCGCAACGUUCCCCCGCCUCCAGCCAGCCGCAACUCUGGCUCCCCCGCCCCGCCCUUACCAGCACGCGAAUCUGCACCACCACCAGCGCCACCACGGCCCCCAGUUGGAGGUGCCCCUCCCCUUCCGCCUUCCAACACGCGCCCUGUCCCCAUGCAGCCGCCACCGCCGCCUGCUCGGAACUCUGGUCCCUCGGCGGCACCUCCACCACCACCACCUCCUCCGCCUCACCCCAACGGUGGCAUGAGCGGUGUUCCUCCGCCGCCACCACCACCACCUCCUCCUCCUGCUCACCCCAACGGUGGCAUGAGCGGUGUCCCACCACCACCCCCUCCACCCCCGCCUCCAGGUGGCUCUGGUGGACCUCCUCCACCUCCUCCUCCGCCGCCACCGCCUGGUGGUAUGGGCGGCCCGCCUCCACCUCCUGGACCACCUCCGCCGCCGUCUGGUGGUGGACCGCCCCUGCCGAAGCCUGGCCAAGACAGGUCUGCAGUGCUGGCGGGUAUCCAGAAUGCAGGUGGCAUUCAGGCACUGAAGAAGGUGGACAAGAGUCAGAUUCGCGAUCGCAGUGAAGCACAAGUGGGCGGGCGCAGUGCAGACAGCGGCCCGGCUGGUAGUGGGAUGCCACCGGCUGGUGCUGGUGGCGGCGGCAACGUUGCAGGCUCGCUGGCCCUGAUGGCGGAGCUGCAGAAACGCAAGGAGAAAGUCAGCAAGAGUGAUAAUGAAGAGUCGGACGACGAGUGGGAUUAG